GACAAGGUGCAGACGGAGAUCGCGAUCAUGAAGAAGCUCGAGCACAACCGUCUCGUGCGGCUCUACGAGGUCGUCGACGACGACGAGUGCGACGCGCUCUACAUGUUCAUGGAGCACGUCGAGAAGGGCCCCGUCAUGGUCCACGACCCCUCGACGAACACGUUCGCGGCGGCCGCGACGGGCGGGCCGUGCGGCGGGCCGCUCGCGGCCGCGUACCUCCUGGACGUCGCGUCGGGCCUGGGCUACCUCCACCUCCACGGCAUCGCGCACCGCGACCUCAAGCCGGACAACGUGCUCCUGGGCCACGACGGCUUCUGCAAGAUCGCGGAC